CAGCUGGCGGUUUUCGCUUGAGAGGCAAUACUGACAGCACAUAACUUCUCUCCAUGUGGUUCGUGUUGACUCCGAGUGGUUGUGGUAGACGCGUGCUUAAAGUCUAGUCAGCUGAUAGCGAACGUUUCCAUCGGUGGAAAAAUACUUCCUCCUCAUAAUGAAAGCUUUGAUUCUCGUCGGGGGCUACGGUACCCGGCUCCGGCCUCUCACGCUGUCGCGGCCCAAACCCCUCGUGGAAUUCUGCAACAAACCCAUGAUGAUGCACCAAGUCGAAGCUCUGGUCAAGGCAGGCGUGAAACACAUCAUUCUAGCGGUGAGCUACCGGGCGGAACUGCUCGAAGAAGCCGUCGCCGAAGAAGGCAGGCGGGCCGGAGUGAAAAUCACUCUGUCGCACGAAACCGAACCUCUCGGAACCGCGGGACCGCUGGCGUUGGCGAGGGAGCAUCUCAUCGCUGACAAUGAGCCGUUUUUCGUUCUAAAUUCUGACAUCGUGUGCGAGUUCCCGUUCGAGCAAAUGAUCGCCUUUCACAAACAGCAUGGACGUCAGGGCACAAUUGUGGUGACGCGUGUCGAGGAGCCUUCAAAGUACGGUGUGGUCGUCUACCAGCGGGAUGGAAAAAUUGAGCGGUUUGUCGAGAAGCCGGUCGAGUUUGUUUCUAAUCGAAUCAACGCUGGCCUGUACAUUCUGAACACCUCUGUUCUCGACCGAAUCGAGCUGAGGCCGACGUCAAUCGAGAAGGAGAUCUUCCCCGCCAUGGUCGGUGACAGCGAUCUGUUCGCGUUCGAACUCGAGGGCUUCUGGAUGGAUGUGGGUCAGCCGAAAGAUUUCCUCACCGGAAUGUGUCUAUACCUUAAAUGGCUGAGCAGCAAGUCGCCCGAGCUGCUGUAUCAGAGCGAAGGCAUUGUGGGCACCGUACUCGUUCAUCCAACGGCGAAAAUCGGAGCCAAUUGUCGCAUCGGCCCGCACGUCGUCGUGGGUCCGAACGUGAUUAUCGAAGACGGUGUUUGCAUCAAGCGCUCAACUCUGCUCGAGGGCUCCGUAAUCAAAUCGCAUUGCUGGCUGGACUCCUGUAUUGUUGGCUGGAAGAGCACCGUAGGACAAUGGGUCCGGAUGGAGAAUACCACCGUGCUCGGCGAAGACGUGUACGUCAAAGACGAAAUUUACGUCAACGGAGGCAAGGUGCUACCCCAUAAAGCUAUCGGCGAUAGCAUAAUGGAGCCGCAGAUCAUCAUGUGAGAAGUUCCUCUGAUCGAACCGGUCGCCCUUUCGGUUCGACUCUUCGGCAUUCCCACGGAACAGAGAUUUAUAUGAAAUAUAUCUAUAUAUAUAUUUUUAUAGACAUAUCCGAAGAAGCGAAAGGGAUAAAAAUCAUUCACGGCAACGCUCAAACCCAAUAGAGACAAUUUCACCAUAUAUGCGUGUAAUCGCCUCCCAAAGUGACUUAAGUCCGACGCCCGCCGGCCCGUCCGCCGGCAUCAUCGGUGAGGCUCGCAUUGCCAAGCGUUUGUAAACAUAUCGAAUCGGACUGUCGAUUGUCAGGGGGUGACUCUUUCCCGACUAAAGUGUUUAUUUUGAAUGAAUAAAAAAUAAACAGCUGACCAUACAUUGAA